GGGAGGGGAAAGAAAAAAAAGAGAGCUCGCUUCCUGAAAUGCUCCUCGUCAUUGACUGCGUCUUCCGUUCGCCUCCCUAGUGCGAACCCUUUGCUUUCUCUCCUUUUUAUUUGAUUCUUUUCUUUUGUGUUUGUUGUGCGUCGGCGCACGAAUCGAUGCCGACGAUGAUCAGCAAAGUGAAAAGCGCCAUGUCCACGCUGGUGGGAGGGAUGAUGCCCCACGGCCACCAUCACCACCAACACCAACACCACCACCACCAUCAUCACAACCAUCACGGUGGAGGUGGAGGCAGCGGUGCGGAGUCCGGGGGAGCUGACGGCCUGCCGCCGCGCUUCCCCUACGGCCGGCCCGAUUUCUUGGAGCUCACCCCGGAGCUGCUGCAGUACUCCACCGAGCACGCAUCGCGGCCGGUGCUGACGCUCAAGCGAGGCAGCAGGCUCCCCUGGCACACCGGAUACGCCGAGGUGAUCAAUGCCGGCAAGAGCAUGCUGAACGAGGACCAGGCCUCCUGUGAGAAGGUGUAUGUGAGAAAGUCCAGCGGCAAACAGCGCAACUCCACUCUGCUGGAGGACAACGGGGAUGGCCCAGGGAUUCCCCUUUACUUCUGGGGCGUCUUUGAUGGACACGCCGGUUCUGGUGCCGCCAUCAUGGCCUCCAAGUUGCUCCACCGCCUCAUCCGGGACCGGCUGGGCGAGAUCUUCCACUUGCUGACGGGGGGAGCGCCGCCGCCCAUUUGCUUAGCCAAGAACGGCAGCCCCUACCAGGCCGAAGUCAAGAAGGGGGCAGCGCAGGAGUCGGGGGAGCCCGACGCCGUCAGCGAUUCGGCGGUGGCCUACCACAUGGAGAAGGUCGUCAGCCUGGAGAGUCUGGUGAUGGGUGUCAUUGAGACUGCCUUCAAGCAGAUGGAUGACCUGAUCGAAAAGGAGAAAGCGUCCUACGCUAUUUCUGGUGGCUGUUGUGCCUUAGCUGCCAUACAUCUAAUGGGCAAACUCUAUGUGGCCAAUGCUGGAGAUAGCAGGGCUAUAAUAAUCCGGAAUAAGGAAAUUGUUCCCAUGACCAACGAGUUUACACCAGAGUCCGAGAGACAACGGCUACAGUAUUUGGGUUUCCUGAGGCCUGAGCUCCUGGGCAACGAGUUCACUCACAUUGAGUUCCCACGCAGGAUCCAGCACUGCGAGCUGGGCAAGAAGAUGCUAUACAGAGACCACACCAUGAGUGGCUGGGCGUACAAGACAAUCGUUGAAGAUGAUCUGAAAUUUCCGCUCAUAUAUGGAGAAGGUAAAAAGGCACGGGUCAUGGCAACUAUCGGAGUGACUCGCGGGUUGGGGGAUCACGACCUGAAGGUGUAUAGCUCCAACAUUUAUAUCAAGCCGUUCCUCUCGUGCGUCCCUGAGGUGCAGGUCUACAACUUUGAUGACAACAAACACGGCCCAGACGACGUCCUUGUCAUGGGCACGGAUGGACUGUGGGACGUAACCACGGACAGGGAGGUGGCAGAUGCCGUCUCGGCCUACCUGGCGUCUUGCGAUCCUUCUGACCCCAUGAGGUACACACUGGCAGCACAGGACCUGCUGAUGCGCUCCAGAGGAGUUCUGAAGGAGCGCGGCUGGCGGCUUCCCAACGACAGGCUGGGCUCGGGCGACGACAUCACCGUGUUUGUUGUCCCACUGGCGGGAUAUGAGGCAGAGACAUGAGACAUCACAAAAGAAAUGAAUCGCGACCCCACCCACCCCCUCCACAGAAGAAGACUCGAGUUGAGCAGCACUUUGAUGGACUCCUAGAUAUUUUGGACCCUACAACUCCUGAGGAAAUUUUCCAGUGGUGUCGCCGAUGGUUGCCGGUGAGAUUGAACCCUAACCCUCGCAUCUACUUUCUCCUAGUGUUCAAGGCUGGGCAGCUCAUUUAAAACCUCAGCAUGGACUGUGCGUCUAUCUAGCUUCACACCACUCACAGAUGAGAAGUGAUUCCCUGUUUGUAUAAACGAGCCUCUUUGUAGCGUCAAGAUUGUGAGGAAACCAAAGAGAUGCCUUGGUGGCACCAGGAUGGAAUGAAAACAUGAACAAAGAAGAAGCAUGGGGUUGAAGUCAUUGAACCGGCACCACAUAAUCAUUGUCUGUCUGUAUUUUCUUUUGUUGGUGGUGAAGGUAGGGCAGCACUUGAAGAAUGUUUGCACAUAUGACACUGUUCAUGUUAAGCAUGAAGGAUCAGAAUCAUUGGUUUUUUUUCUUAUUUCAGGUAAACAAUGUCUAGGUAUAGUAAGCUGUGAUAAAAUUCACGCAUAUGCCUUAUUAAAAAAGGACUAAAGCGUUUGUAUUAUCACACCGUGUGAGGACUAUGACCUUAAAUGUACCAUAUACCUCUCUUUAUAUAUUUUUUGUCAUUAUGAUGGUUAUUUAGAUUCUCCAUAUAUUUCCAAAGAGUACGGAAAAUGUUUUACUUGUUACCUUUCUUAUCCAUAAGUGCUUGUUUAGGAAGGUGGUGUGUGGUAUAGAAGACCGACUAAAAUGUGAAUGAUGUCAUUUCCUCUUUAGAAAUAAAUCACAAUUUUCCCAUU